AUGGCUGAUGAUGAAAAGGGUGCUACAUUUUCGUUGAGAGUGAUGAUCAACAAAGAGAGAACUAAGGUACUAUUUGCAGACUCCGACAGCCAUUUCGCAGACAUUUUGUUAAGCUUCUUGAGUUUGCCGUUGGGAAGAAUUGUCAAAGUCCUCGAGAAGCACUAUGGAGACGAGCUGCCUACCAUUGGUAGCUUAAGCAGUUUGUACCGUAGCUUAGUAAAUCUCGACAGUUCCUAUUUCUGGACAAACGGGGCUAAGCAGACUCUGCUCAAUCCAGCAAGUUCAUCCGAAGCUGAAUACCAAAGGCUGAAACUCGACAUCACUGAUUUUCAGCCUGCUGAAUAUUUCAAGUGUAGUAAAUAUCCCUACUAUCACUCUCAGUCUUAUGGAUUUCGUAGCGUAAGCAUCUACUAUGAUGAUGUCAUCAUGUGCAAACUUUGCAUGCAUGAUAGUAUGAUUAAAGAAGUAGUUAAGAAAGGGUCUGAAGCUGCUGCAUCUAGAGAAGGAGUUUUCACCAUGAAUACAUCAUCUUUCAUAAUCUCUGAUGAUCUCCACAUAUUCCCAAGUGAAACAGGACUCUUAGAAAUCAUUAGCUUUCUUGGCAUUACAGACAUGGAUAAUGCCAAGCAAAUCAAAGUGGAUUUGGGCUUCAAUGAGGCAUCCUUGACGUCCCCAACUCCAUUGUCGGACAUCAUCCUAAAUAAAACAACAAAGAUUUACCCUACACUCACGUGCACGGUGUCUCAACAACAAAUUGCAAAGGAAGAGAAUACCAAUAGCUCUACCAAUUUCAGUUUGAAAGUGAUGAUACAACUAUCUACUGGUAAGGUAGUGUAUGCUCAAGCUAAUAAACAGUUUGUAGAGUUUCUGUUUAGUUUUCUCUACAUCCCACUUGGAGGAGUUGAGCAUCUUCUUGCCGGUAGCGAAUGUGUUAAGGCUAUAGACAACUUGUACUGGAACACAUCCAACUUCAUAGAUAGCAAGCAUUUCAUUACCCCGGAUACGAAAAAGAGACUAAUGACUCCCAUUCUACCUCAUGGCUACAUUUCGAAAGACUACAUUUUCCCCCUCACUGAAGAAUCCUUGCCUGCUGACUAUGAUAAUAUAUUGAUGUUUUCUUCUGUCAAGUUUCCCAAUGGGCAGGGAAGUUAUCUUAAAGGAUCUCCAACUUAUCACGUGGCCGAUGAUUUAACUGUUACGCCUUUCUGCUUUGCCUCGACACUUUCCUCUCUUAAACAGCAGAAAAUCUCGAUAUCUGAUGUCAAAGAAGUGGAGAUACAAAUAGGGCUGAAAGAGGCUUGUAGCAUAUUGAAAGCCUCUCUUACUUCUGCUACUGCUCUCACUGAUGCUCUGAAGACUCGCAAAUCACUCAAACGACCUAAGAGAGAAAAAGUCUGA